AUGGCCCUCGAACUGUGGGAGACGCUUAAAGAAUCAAUCACAGCAUACACGGGCCUCUCUCCAGCUACUUUCUUCACGGUCCUAGCCGUAGGCCUCACCCUUUACUACGUCGUUUCGAAUUUGUUCACCUCCUCUGGCGAUGGCCACAUCCAACAGAGGUCAGCAGCUUUUGAGGAACAAACGGAGCCUCUGCCGCCUCCGGUUCAGUUGGGCGAAAUCACAGCUGAAGAGUUGAAACAGUACGACGGCUCCGAUCCUAAGAAGCCCCUUCUUAUGGCGAUCAAGGGUCAGAUCUAUGACGUCACGCAGAGCAGGAUGUUUUAUGGACCUGGUGGCCCGUACGCAUUAUUUGCCGGAAAGGAUGCGAGCAGGGCACUGGCGAAGAUGUCUUUCGAGGAAAAAGACCUAAAUGGCGACAUUACUGGGCUGGGAGUGUUUGAGCUUGAGGCCUUGCAAGAUUGGGAGUAUAAGUUCAUGAGCAAAUACGUCAAAGUCGGGACUCUCAAGACAACUGUGCCAAUAACUGAAGGCCCAAGUGAAGGGCAACCAGCCGAGGCUGCCGAAGGCAUUCUUCCGAAGCCUGUUGAUGGCGAAACCACAGAGCCAACUGAUGGUGAAGCCUCGAAGCCCACUGAUGGUGAAACCUCAAACCCCAACAAGGAUGGCCAGUCCGAGACUGCCAUGAAGGAAACUGAAGUAAAUGAGGAGAAAAAGGAGUGA